AUGGCAAAAGAGACGCGGGCGAAAACGCGAAAACAACAAGAUGUGUUACGGGACGAAUUAUUAGAUUCGGACGAUAGAACGGACGAAACAAUUAGCCCUGCGCUAUUCGGAGGCCCGCGAAUUCAGAGAUCACCGAUUGUGACAGCUACAUUACCAGACAAAACAAGCGACAACCCGCCGGCAACUGCUCCAUCUAAAACAGGGGAAACGGGCGCGACAUUAAAUAGUAUUUCUAACUUACUUAUCGGCCUCACCGAGAAACAAGACAGGCAGGAGGCGAAGUUAGCCCAAUUAGAAAAAACCUUGUCUGAGCGGAUUGAUUCCCAGAUUAGACAACAGGGGGAAGAGUUAUUCCAAUCUUUAACUCAGGUUCGAACAGAGGUCCGGGAAGAUAUCCUAGGUUUUCAAAACAGGUUAGCAGAGUUGAACGUGGCAAGUCAACAAGCCACGACCGCGAAUAAUACACAAUCGCGACGCGUUCCAUCAACCGGUUCUCGUGUUGAAUCUCGUCCCCCAUUAGAAAGACCGUUUCGGGUAAAACCUCAAUUUCCAUCAUUUGAGGGCACCUCAAAAGAACGUCCUCCCAAGUUUCUUCGGGAAUUGGAGCGUUUUGUUAGAAUUUCACGCGUUCAGGAGGAUGAAAUGCGACUUAUUAUCGAUCAAGCCCUCAAAGGAGUGGCAAGCGAUUGGUGGGAUUUAGUUUCGGGAGACAUUCGCACCUGGGAUGAUUUUGCGUGCGGAUUCCUGUCCCAAUUUUGGAGCACGACUGUGCAGCGUAAAAUUCGAACUAACCUGGAAACAGGUUAUUAUCGUGAUGACUCGGGAACAACAAGAGUCACGUAUGCCAUGCGUUUAAUUGGGGAUGCGAGGGACCUGACACCGCGUCGAAGCGACGAUGAAAUCGUCCAAAUAUUGGCUCGACAUUUUACCCAAGCGGUCCACGAUUCAGUCACCGCGCAGAACAUCACGACAGUCGAUGCUUUUCUUACACUACUCGACCGAUGGGACAAUGGGGGAACAGUCAACCGAUCGCGCGCCCAACCACACGACUGGCAACGAUUUGAUCGAACGAGACCACCAAUGGCUCAGCAAAAUAAUGCCCAGCAGAAUAUCGCUCCGAGAAAUCCAAUGUAUGGAAACAGAGGAUUUCUCCAACGGGACAAUUCCGGACCCAGGGAAGGGCCACGAGACCAGCCAAGACAAACACCUAUGGCUCAAGACACUCGACCAAGACGGGAUCAGACACCAGUAAGGGUCAGAAUUUCUGAGGUGGCUCCCGAAAUUCAACCGGAAGCCACCGAGCAACCCGAUGAAGUCUCGGAAGAAUCGGGAAACGAACAAUGA